ACAUCACCUGCAGCCAGCAGCAGCAUCUAGCUCGAGAGAGAGAGGAGAGGAAAAGGAGGAAGAGGAGGGGGCAGCGCGACGCACAAACCCAGCUGGCCAUAUUGCACACCAGCUUCUUGCAAAUCGGCUGCGUCACAUGCAAAAAAAAAAAAAAAAAAAAAAAAAAAGCGCACAAACGCAACGCAGCAAAGCUGGAAGGAUAAAGUCAACAACACACGCUGGUUCACAACGCGCCUCGGCUGAGCUGGGAAAAUGGUUAAACUGGGGAAUAAUUUCACCGAGAAAAAUAACGGGAAGGUGGUUUCUGAGGACGGAUUUGACACUAUCCCGCUCAUCACACCGUUAGAUGCCAGCCAGCUGCAGUUCCCCCCACCUGAUAAGGUGGUGGUGAAGACAAAGGCAGAUUAUGAUGGGGAGAACAGGAAGGGAAAGCUACGAUCUCCCAAAAUUGCUGAGUUCUCCAUAAGCAUCAUAUCUGAGCGACUCAAAGUGACCUUGCUGGUAAUCUGUGCUCUGGCUUUCCUGGUGUGUGUGGUGUUCUUGGUCGUGUACAAGAUCUACCAGUAUGAGCAGCCUUGCCCUGACAGCCUUGUUUACAUGCAAGGUCGCUGCAUGCCGACCGGGCUGUAUGGCAGCUACCCACCUCAGGGCCCUGGAGGCAGGGGGCGCCUCUUCACCUACAUCAACCACUACAACAUGGCCAAGCAGACCAUCACUCGGUCGGUAUCACCGUGGGUGACCAUCAUGUCCGAGGAAAAGGUAACCCAGCAGGAGACGGAGACCGCGCAGAAGCUGGCUUAAGCAACCUGGGAUUAGGAGGAGGUAUUCACUGCUGCAGAAAAAUUAAUAAUAUGGUUGUGCCAUUCAAGCAAACCUCGAGUCCCAUCGCCUUCUGUGGGUUAAAACAAAACAAACAAAAAAGUGUAUCUUGCCUGAGGUGCUAUGCUGCCUUAUUGAUGUAGUUUGGUCAGUUGAUGUGUACAGUAGCUGGAAAUGUGUGGACGUGUUCUCAGCACAGUGAGGCUCAGUUUGGUGGAGUCACAACUUGUUUGAAUAGCAUACAUCAUUUAUUUACAAAGUAACAGUGGCUGAUAUGUAGAAAAUGCCACCGAAUCGCUGACACCCCCCCCAAAACACACCGUCUUUGUACAUACACAUAUAUGAAGACUCUCACUUUAGUGCUCAGAUCAGACCGUGAGCCUUCUUGUGUUUCACCACACACACGCACAACUAACAGCAAUCACCCUGCUUUCAGUUUCUUUUCUUUGAGAGCUGAUUGAAGCAUAUCGGACUAAAAUUAUCAUGACACUAAUCUUGUAAAAUAUGUGAGCUCAUCUGUGCAGAAAUGUUCUGAUUUUAUGAGACAACGAAUGAAAAUGUACCAGCAGAGAAAAACAUUUUAAACAGUGUUGUUUUGGGUCAGGUCAUUUAUUAAUGAUUGUUUCCAUCAAUUAAGAACAAAACAGACUUUCCUUUGCUGGCUUGCAUCAUGCUUACUUUUCAUAGCAUAACCUCUAUUGUAUUGAAUGUUUUUGCUAGUAAAGACACUGUACUGUGCGUUUGAAUCAUGUGACCACAGACGGUUGUUAGCAGCCGUCAGGUAGUGAAUGUAGACUAAUGUAGUGAAACAAACUGGGUAGUUGCUUGUCUUGUUGCUUUUUCUGUAUUUGUCUUUUAACUUGAGCUGUUCCCAAAAAAUAAACCUACAUUUUUUGAACUAUGUAAUGAUUACCAUUAAAGUGCAUUUGCUAAAUGAAAAAUGUCAUGAUCAACUGAAAUAAAAUGCUCACAUUCCAAA